GCCGAGGACGCUAUGGCGGACUCGCUAUCAAUCGCGUGACAUUUCACUGUCGUCUGCGUAUCCGUAACCGCGUUCGCCCUCCGUACGUGAGUGAGCGUCGCGGCGUGCUGCACGCGUUUUGCGUUCGUCGCGAGGUAACGAAACGCCGCGUGUGUUGUACGGUGACGAACGACAAACGUCGGGCGACGACGACAACCCGGGUGGUUGGUUAUUCGCGCUGCGAAAAUCUCGACGACGGAAACGAAGGACGGAGUGAACACGAUCGCCCUACGCCACCGCGCACCGCACAGUCUCGCGCAAGAGUGCAGGUGCAGCACCGGGAGAGUACAGUCCGCGCAGGGUGCUAGUCCCUGGCCGCGCGCACCGUCGAAAUUCGCGCGCUUUGACCGCCAAAACAUCCCCAACCACGUAUGCUCACUAUCAUCCUUUUUCUUUCGCUGUUCUUUGCGUUUUCUCUAAUUGUUAUAAGAAAAGAUUCGCCCGUCAACGUCUGCGAAGAUACCGAGACGAUAUGGGCAAUUCUGGCUUGAAGCAACAUUAUGAGACUGCGAAGAAGACCGGCACGCUGAAACUAUCUCGGCACAAGUUGGAUGAGUUCCCACAGAAUCUCCGUGCCUUGGCGCCGCUGCUGCGCACCCUGGAUCUAUCCGAAAACAAGUUCACCACAUUGCCGAAUGAGAUUGGUGACUUUACAAUGCUAAAACAGCUGACCAUUAGUCAUAACCGGCUGAUCGGUUUACCCGACACGCUAGGAGCGCUCGUGAAACUGGAAAGUUUAAAUUGUUCUGCGAAUCAAAUCAGGUCGAUCCCGUCGUCGCUGGCAAAGCUGAACCAUCUGAAGCAGGUCAAUCUAUCCGACAAUCAGAUCUCUGAUUUCCCAUUGGUGUUCUGCGGCCUCCGGCAUCUGGACGUCCUCGAUUUGUCUAAGAAUCGGCUCACGACUGUUCCGGAUGCCGCCACCAGCCUCCACGUGACUGAGCUCAACCUUAAUCAGAAUCAGAUCGCUACCAUCUCCGAGAAGCUGGCGGAUUGCCCGCGGUUGAAAACGCUACGAUUGGAGGAGAACUGUCUUCAGUUAAGCUCGGUACCCAUCAAGAUCCUCAAGGACUCCAAAAUAUCAAUAUUGGCGCUCGAAGGAAAUCUUUUUGAAAUGAAGCAGUUCGCAAACCUGGACGGUUAUGAUACUUAUAUGGAACGCUACACAGCGGUUAAGAAAAAAUUGUACUGAAAGAUGAUUUCGUGCUGAAACGUAGAAAAUAUAAUAAUUUUAUUAUAUGUAUAUUUGAAAUAUAUAUCGCACAAGUGUUUGUGAUGAGAUUAAUAUAUUGUUUAUAAGAAUGAAUUAGAGUUUGAUCAACAAUGUCACGAAGGAAAAAAAGAUUUAAUUAUUAUAUGUCAUAUAUUUGAUGUGUAUUUUAGAUGCAGCAUUAUUGCCGAUUUAAGAGCAAACAGAUAUCUAAAAGAUUCAGAUGAUAUACUUAAAUCUAAAUAUAAAAGGUAUAUAUAAGAUUUUACAGUUUUGAAAUAUUUCUUUUUCCGCAUGUUAUAAAUUAAAAUUUUGGUGAAACGAACUAUGAUGAUAUUUCUAUAACUAGAUGAUUUAUAUGACGGUUCAAAAGUCGAACUAUAUACAUGUUGAUAUUUUCUUCGAUCUCAAACAAAGAAUCUUUUCUUUCAUAAUGAAAAUUAUAUUUUGCAAAUAUAAAAUAAUUAUUACACACCAUAACAACCAAGAGCUUACAUUUAUAUUGCGUUUAUAUAUUUAUUCUAUGAAAACAUUGCAUGUAACAAUGCAAUCAUCAAUCAUCAAUGCUUUAUAAUGUAUGAAACAAAUAUGUUUUAGUAUUGAUAUAUUUUUCAAAAUGAGAUAAAGACGCAUGUAACAGUAUAGAAAUGAGAUAUUAAAUUGGGAUAUAAGUAUAGAUAGAAAUUAAUUAAAAAAUAUGCGUAUUUUAACCAUUCCUGAAAUUAAUUAAAUUUAUUCAAGGAUAUUGAAGGGAUACAACACUGAUAAGCAAAAUCGAACCAGUAUAACGUCUGUUUUUUUAAAAUAAUUUAAAAAUAUGUCUGUGCAUUAGAAACUUGUAUCAAGUAAUAGGAUUACAUAAAAAAAUUUAUAUUUCAAUAAAUCUUUUCGUACGAUAUAAUAUUCUUGCUGAUGCAUAUUAAAUCGUAUAGUAUUAUAUAGUAUAGACAAACUAUUAAUAUUAUAAUAUUAAUUGUUAGAGUAAUUGUAUAUUUUUUCUAUGUAAUGCACCGUGUUGUGUUCGCACAAUUGUGGAAAUAAUGAGAUCGUUGAACCUUCUUAUACGGUUAACCGCGUAUUAACCUUCGACCGAGCUGAGAAAUGAUCGUAAGAAUUCGCAGUUACGAAUUAUUGCAUAAAACAAGAAGCAUUUUCCAUGAAAAUUCGUCGACUUAAAAAUUGCAUUUUUAUAUCUAUUUAUCUCGAAUAAAUUUUAUCUUUCUUAUCCCAUAUAACGAAAUAUAAAGAAAUAUGCAAUUGCUUUUCUUUGUCAAAAUAUCGCAAUUAUUUAUUAUUUACAAUUGUUUGUUUUAUACGCAACGUUGUUGCGAUCGAACAUUCACGGCGAGUUAUGUAUGUUGCAAAAAACAUCGUUUUAUGAAAUUUUCUUACCGAUAGAAUUUUACUCGUGUAAUGGCCAUUUGUCAUAAGCAAGAAAAUUAAUUUCCUCUAUAAUUAACCGUAUCGUAAUAAAGGGCCAAUAAAUGGCAAGAACAAUCCGUUUUUGCAAUAUAUUUAUUUAACAAAAGAUUGUCGACAAAAUUUCGUAAAUCGAAGAUGUAUAUUUAAAUCGAUAAGAUACACAAUAUAUUACAAGUUAUCAAAUUUAUAUUUACCAGCAUCUAGACAUACACGCAUUUUGAACAUUUUUCGUGUAUAUUUAUAAUGUAAUUGUACACUACUUUAUAUAUGUCUAAUACAUAAUACUUGUCUAGAAAAUUUCCGAGAAUAAAUAAUAUAUUUAUUUUUA